AUGAACAAUAAUUAAUAAAAAAAUAUCAAUUUCACUUUCACAUACAUAUCAGCAGAAUCCAAACACUGGAAGAAAAAAAAAUCUGAAACAAAAAAAAAAAAGAAAAACCAUGAAUCCCAAAAUUCUCAUCGUGUUCGUUCUUUUUCUCAAUCUCACUUCAAAAUCGUUCCAAAACCCUAACCCUAAUCCCAAAAUCCCCAAAUCAACACCAUCACCGGCACACAUUGAGCUCGCCAGUUAUGGUUUCCCCGUCGGUCUUCUUCCCGACACCACCGUCUUAUCCCAUGUCAUCAACCAAACUACCGGCGACUUCUCCGUCAAGCUAGGCGGCGCGUGUAAAAUCACGCUACCUCCUGAUAACUACGUUGCUACCUAUUCCGACACCAUCACCGGGAAAAUUGUGAAAGGUAAGAUCGCUGAGCUCGACGGAAUUAGGGUUCGUGCUUUCUUUAAGUGGUGGUCUAUCACCGGAAUUCGGUCUUCCGGUGAUGAUAUUGUGUUUGAAGUUGGUGUGGUUACCGCGAAGUAUCCUUCGAAGAAUUUUGAUGAUAGCCCUGCUUGUGAGGGUCGGCACUCUUCUUCGUGAUGAAAAGGAUAUUAGGUGCUUAUUCUCAGCCUAUGUAAAAUCCAGCUCCACUAAGUGAAGAUAAUUUAGAAGCAGCUAGUAUUGUGUGAAAUAUUAUUAGGCUAGUAGUGCCUAUAUGUAAUGGAAUCUAUGCUACAACUACGACGAAUUGUGUUGGUCACGUUACUCAUUGGACUUAUUAAUAAGACCACUUUGAACGUAUUUUAUUUGA